CACCAGGUGGGUGAGUGGCUGGGUGAUGCUUAAUACAGUUAAUCUUAGUGUGAGCACAGGACUCAACUACGCCACAAGUUUGUCCAGUCUGUUUCUCCCACACACUCUCCUUCUCGUCUCCUUCAGUUGUGUGUGAGGAGACAGAAGUGUGAACCUGUCAGCAAACUAUACGUAACGUGAGGAAGGAGGAACGUGAAUGAUGGGGGUGUUGAGGUUGGACGAGGCAGGAGACGUGCUACUAUGUGGAGGUGUCAGUGCUCUCCUGUCCUCUACACUACACCUCCUGGGACUCUUCUCCACCUCUUGCUGGCUCCUCUUCACAACCCUCUGGCUCCUCUCUGCUGCCACCAUUUUACUCCUGUCUGCUGUCAAGGUGUCAAGUGACGGUAAGGUGGUAGUUGUGACGGGAUGUGACACUGGCUUCGGUAACGCUCUGGCACUCCACCUUCACAACCUGGGUUUCCGGGUGGUGGCAUGCUGCCUGCGGGAGGAAGGGGAGGGUGUGCAGCGCCUGCGUGACCUAAAGUCUCCCCGUCUUCACCUGCUGCAGCUGGACGUCACGUCUCAGGACCAACUCAAGACGACGCUUUCACAGGUCAAGAAUCUCAUCCCUGAAGGAGAGGUGUUGUGGGGGCUGGUCAACAAUGCUGGCGUCUCCACCUUCGGCGAGGUGGAGUGGGUGCCUGAGGCCACCUACAGGAAGGUACUGGAGGUGAACUUGCUAGGUACCGUCUUUGCCACCAAGACCUUCCUACCUCUCAUCAGGAGGACCAGAGGUCGUGUGGUAAACAUCGCCAGUAUGUACGGCAGGAUGGGCAACACUAUGAGAGCGCCCUAUGUCCUCUCCAAGUACGCUGUCGAGGGUUUUACCGACUGUCUCAGGUGGCAGCCACCAACAUCUUCACGGACGAGAGCGUGAGACAGCAAGCACAGGUCAUGUGGACAGCCAUGACUGAGGAAGUCCAGCAGGACUUUCCCAGAAGUUACUUCGACAGUCAAGUGAAUCUCAUGAUGUCUUACACCAAUGCUGGGACGCGUGACGUGAACGACGUGGUGGAAGCAAUGACGGCGGCCCUGACGCAGAAGUACCCUCGUGCUCGAUACCUGCCCAUGGAUGUGACCACCAGAAUCAGGAUCUUUGUGGCCACCCACCUGCCGGAGUGGGUCUACGACACCUGCUACAUCACCACCGCACGACCUCAUCUGUCCCUUCCAAACUCUGCCAAGCCUUAGGCUGAGGCUAACUGACACCCUGUUUCCUGUCACACCCUCUGUGUGUGAUACCUCCCUGCCUCUGCCAAACACUAGGCUAUUAGAUCCUCCCGUCUUUGACACACCGUAGGGGGUGGCUAUUACCAAGUUCAUUGCUGUAAUUACUUUGCAGUUAUCAUCCAUAAAUUAUCUUUUUUAACAUAAUCCACUUGGAAUGAGAGUCCGCCUGUGGAUUAACAAACUUGAGUCCGGUUAAAUGGUGAUAUAUUGUAGACGUAUUCUUAGUGGUAGUGAAGGUCUCAUAACCUCCAAAAAUAAGGAGCUAUCAUUCCCUCUCUCGAUUCAAAACAGACUACCUGAAAAUCCCAAGUAUUGUAUGACCCCCAUGUAACAAUAUUAAUAAAUAACAAUAAUAACUUUUGCUACUAAUAAAUUAAGCCUACUGAGCUUUAACUUUGAAUUUAGAAUAAAAAUAUGUUAAAUAUA